AUGUUCCGUUCCGCCAUUGUGCGCUCCUUGAGGGCCUCGGUGCCGCGUGCCGCCGUCCGGACCCCGGCUCCCUUCCACAUCCGCAGCUCCCCCAUCGCGGCUCGUGCCUCUCAAUUCCCUCCCUGUUUCGUCUCUCAGGCUGUCCGUCUCUACUCCGCCCCGGCCGGUCUCUCCAAGAACGAGGUUGAGGGCCGCAUAGUCAACCUGCUGAAGAACUUCGACAAGGUUUCCGAUGCCAGCAAGAUCAACGGUACUUCGCACUUCUCGAACGACCUGGGGCUCGACAGUUUGGACACCGUCGAAGUGGUGAUGGCCAUUGAGGAGGAGUUCAGCAUUGAGAUCCCCGACAAAGAGGCCGACCAGAUCCACAGUGUGGAGAAGGCCGUCGAGUACAUCCAGGCUCAGCCCGAUGCCCACUAA